AUGGCUGAUACUGUCGUACCAAAAACAAAUGCUAAAACUGUUUCAUCAACAGAAGAAACUCUAGUUGAUGGUGAUGUAGUUACAACAAUAACAUCAAAUAAAAUGGUUAAUCCCGAUCAUUCAGUUACUACAACUACAACAGUUGAUAAAACUGAUCAAAAAAAUGGUGAAAAUAUUGUAACAACUUUGAGUCAAACAACAUCUUCGACAGGUCCUGAUCUUGAUAAAAAAAUAAUUCGUCAAAUUGAAUAUUAUCUUGGUGAUGUUAAUAUGGUACGUGAUAAAUUUCUUAAAACAGAAGUUACAAAAGAUCAAGGUUGGAUACCAUUAUCUGUUCUAACAACAUUUAAACGUCUUCAAUCAUUAACAACGGAUUUUAAAACAAUAACUAGUGCAUUAAAAAAUUCUGUUUCGGGUCUUUUACAAAUUGAUGAAACAGAACAUAGAAUUCGUCGUAAUCCAGAACGUCCAAUACCAAAUAGUCAAGCUGAACUUGAAUUAGCAUUACGUAAUCGUACAGUUUAUGUAAAAGGUUUUCCAAAAACAGAUGAUGUUACCAUUGAUAAAUUAUUAGUAUUUUUUUGA